CAGCGCGUUUUUACCGCAGUAUCUCUGGAUUAGUGCGCGCGCUGCGGCACUCCGUUCGGUUUUCAAACGGUGAAGAGCGAGAAAACCCGUCCGAACCCAGACGCAAAACACAUUUAAAAUAAAUUAAACCGUCCGCUCGCAUUCAUCAGUUUCAUCGCGUUUAUUCUAAGCGGUUAUAAACGCAGCGCGCGCCUGAGAAUCCACCGGAGACAUGGCCAAAGAGGACGAGAAGAAGGAAUCCGGGGAAUGGAAGGAUUGCUUCUGGAACCCGCGGACGCACGAGUUGCUCGGGAGAACGGCGAGUAGCUGGGGUCUGAUUCUGUUGUUCUAUCUGGUCUUCUACACGUUUCUGGCCGGCAUGUUCUGCCUCACCAUGUAUGUGAUGCUUCUGACGCUGGACGAUUAUAAGCCCACUUGGCAGGACCGUCUGGCUACACCAGGCAUGAUGAUUCGGCCAAAAGGAGAAGCUCUAGAAAUCAUUUAUAAUAUCAAGGAAACAGAGAGCUGGGACUCGUACAUUCAGGCCCUGGAUAACUUCCUUGCACCCUAUAACAACUCUCAGCAGGUGAUGAACAACGACGACUGCCCCCCAGACACAUACUUCAUUCAGGAGGACAGCGGAGACGUGCGCAACAACCCCAAACGCUCCUGCCAGUUCAACCGCACCAUCCUGGAGGAUUGCUCCGGACUCACCGACCGCACGUACGGAUACGAUGUGGGCAAACCCUGCGUGCUCAUCAAACUCAACCGGGUGAUUGGGAUGAGGCCAGGAAGUAAAGAUAAAGAUGAUAAGGACAUUCAGGCUCCGUUCGUGACCUGCGGGGCAAAGAAGGAGGAUUCGGAGAGCAUUGGCGAAAUCGCAUUCUUCCCUCCUAACGGAACCUUCAACCUCAUGUACUAUCCGUACUACGGCAAGAGAGCACAGGUGAAUUAUUCUCAGCCUCUGGUGGCCGUGAAGUUCACAAACAUCACUUUCAACAUGGACGUCAAUGUGGAGUGUAAGAUCAACGCUCUCACCUCUGAUGCCAAACUUCAGUUCAGCGAGAGAGACAAGUUCGCUGGCCGUGUGUCCUUCAAGCUGCGCAUCAACAAAAUGUAGAGCAACUACAUCUGCCAGACACACACACACACACACACACAGGAGAUUGUAGGAGGUGUCAAUCAUAUCUCAAAGUGUUUAAUGUAUUUGUCCGUCCUCAUACUCGGGUCUACAUGAUGAUCUCUGUGUGUGUGCGUGCGUGUCUUUGUAUCUCUGUGUGUUUUGAGUACUCUUGACUGUCGUCAUACCCAGCUGAUCUCGUUCCAAAGUGAAAUCAAGAGAGCAGGAAAAUAUCAUCGAUA